AUGACGUUCAACAAUUGCACGUGCAGCAUGGAUGAUCCUGAGAAGUUACUUACCCAUUUGCGUUGCGGUAUCAGCAAAAGCAUAAAGCGGCGAACAUUCUCUAUUGAGAUAAAAUUCAGUCAACCUGUCACCAAUUUCUUUAUAAACCUGCGUAUGGUAUUGCCGCGACGUGCGGGCAUGGAUUUUACAGUUUUCAAUUUAACUGAUAUCGAAGGAUGUCGUUUGCUAUCGAAUACAAAACAAAUUCCAAUUUUGCAGGUUGGACGCAUCCAUUUAGAUCAUUUUAGCAACUUACCAAAAAAUUGUCCUUGGAAACCGAAUGUGAUGUACUAUAUACGCGGCUUUCGCCCUAAUAUGGAAUCGAUGCCAGCUUUCAGUUUUGAAACGGACUUAAAUUUGUGGUUUGAUUUUGUUGUCAAUCAUAGUAAGAUUAUAAAGGGCUUCAUGGUCGGCCAUGUACAGCGACGUCAGAUUGGCAAGAAAACAUAA